UAUCAAAACAAAACAUUUAAGUCUGGCAUCUCCUACGAUAUGAUCGUUUUAGUCCUCAUAUCGGCCACUGUCGUGGCCCUCUCGAUACUUUACUUCAUAGCCAAUAGAAAAUUAAAUUACUGGGAGAAAAGAGGAGUACCCUUCGAGAAACCAGUACCCAUAUUCGGAAAUUUUGCGGGAUACAUUUUAUUAAAGGCGUACUGGGGCAAAUCGGCCCAAAAAUUAUGCAAAAAGUUUCAAAAAGAACCGUAUUUCGGAGUUUAUUAUGGUACGGAGCCUGCCUUAGUGGUACAAGACCCCGAGCUGAUCAAGCUCAUCACAACUAAAGACUUCUACUACUUCAGCAGCCGAGAGGUAUCCAACUACACACAUUUAGAAACUUUUACUCAAAAUCUGUUCUUCACUCAAGGCAACCGAUGGAAGGUACUUCGACAGAAUCUGACGCCGCUCUUCUCGUCCUCCAAGAUGAAGCACAUGUUUCACUUAGUUGAAACGUGUUCAAAGAAAUUCGAAACUCUUCUUGACGAAGAAACCAAGAAGUCUCCAGACCUUGAUGUCAGAGCGACAUCAGUGCGGUUUGCUAUGGACAGUAUCACUUCCUGCGCCUUUGGGGUAAACAGCAAUGUUAUGGGAAAAGAUUCUGAUAACAAUCCUUUCAAGGUCAUGGGUGACCUGCUCUUUGAACUGACAAACUACAGAGGAUUCAAGAUUGUAGCACGCGCUAUUUGGCCUUAUGUGUUUUAUGGCUUAGGUUUCAAGACAUUCCCUGAAGAACUCGACAAGUUCUUCAACAAACUACUAUCUGAUGUAUUCAAAGAUCGAAACUACAAGCCAUCCGCAAGGAACGAUUUUGUUGAUCUCAUGCUAAACUUAAAAGAAAAUAAGUUCUUGUCUGGAGAUAGCAUGAGUAAUGUAAAGUCGGAGUCCGAAAAAAAAGAACGGAUAAACUUAGAAGUGACAGACGAGUUGCUGAUUGCUCAAUGCAUAGUAUUUUUCGCCGCUGGUUUUGAAACUAGCGCAUCUGUCAUGUGCUUUACGUUGUACGAAUUAGCUAAAAAUCCUGAAAAACAACCAAGAUUGUUCGAGGAGGUGGAUGCGUAUUUGAAGAAAUCUGGGGGUAAAGUUACUUAUGAUUGCCUAACAGAGUUGCCGUAUCUAGAAGCGUGUGUGAACGAAGCGAUGAGACUGUACCCGGUACUAGGAGUGCUGGCUCGCGAGGUGGUGGAACCCUACACCCUGCCUUCAGGCCUGGUGCUAGAGAAGGGGAUGCGCGUCCACCUGCCGGUGUACCACUUGCAUCAUAACGAAGAUUUGUUCCCGGAGCCUGAGAAAUACCGACCAGAAAGGUUCAUGGGUGAAGAGAAGAAGAAUAUCGUUCCCUAUUCGUACAUGCCUUUUGGAGAGGGACCUAGAAUAUGUAUUGGAAUGCGUUUUGCCCGUAUGCAAAUGAUGGCCGGCAUGGUGACCCUGCUGAAGAAGUAUAGCCUGAGUUUAGCGCCAGGCAUGCCGCGCGAGGUGGACUUCGAACCUAGAACCUUUAUCACGCAGGCGAAGGAUCCCAUCAGGCUGACGCUCACUCCACGCCCCGGCACGGAGAGGAUGUUUGCCUAAU